AUGACUGUCUUUUGUAUAUAUGGAGGAAUUUUGCCCCUCAUGGUCUUCAUUCUCAUGCAAAAUGUAAAUGGAGAGGAGUGCACAAAGGUUAUAAACGAUCGACACUAUUCAUGUGAAGGAAGGAAUCUCACCUAUAUACCUACCAGCAUUCCUUCCUCUGUAGAGAUGCUGGACUUCAGUUUUAACUGGUUGCCUUCUUUACAAAAGGAUUUAUUUCCUCCACUGUAUGAUUUGCAGGUUCUGGACCUCACAAGAUGUCAAAUCCAGUACAUUGCUGAUGAUGCUUUCCACAAUGUGAAGAAUGUGACGACUCUAAUUCUUACUGGAAACCCCAUUUCGUAUACAGCCCCUGGCAGCUUGAACACAUUACAUAAAUUACAGACAUUACUCAUUGUGGACAUUGGCCUGCUGUCUUUAAAUAUCCAGUUCAACAAUCUCACCAAGCUUCAGGAACUAAAAGCUGGAACUAACAAGAUUCAAACAAUUGCUCUUCCACCAUUCAUGAUCAACUUUAAAGACUUCCAUGUAUUGGACCUGCAUGCAAAUAACAUUUCCAGUUUACAAGUAAAUCACACAGCUGUACUGCGACAGAUGAAGGGAAAUAUCACGCUAAUACUCUCCAGCAACCCGAUAUUACAUAUUGAACCAGGAGUAUUUAAGGACAUGUACCUAAAAGAGCUUAACAUACAGAGUGCUUUUGUUUCAUUUGAUGCAAUGAGGUAUGGUCUAAAAGCUCUCAAUGGUCUUAAUGUUGGAAAGCUCAUCAUAGGAAACUACAUAGUACAAAAGACGAUAAAGAUAUCAGAUGCUGAUUAUCUUGCUGGUCUUUGUUUGAUCAGCUUUAAAGAAAUACAUUUUUGUCAAAGAGAAUCUUCAGAUUCUGAAAUCAGUGUGUUCCGUUGCAUGGCCAAUGCAACAAAGAUCACUUUGAACCAAGGCUACAUAAGAGCCAUACAACAGGACUCAUUCCAUCAGCUUAAAGAACUUGGCAUAUAUAAAAGUCAAUUGCCCAUCAUACUGGAACUUUCACAUCUACACUUGUUAGAAAGGCUAGUGGUGGUUGAUAAUAGACCAGCAUUUUUUAAAGGUUUGCAUGACUUGCCCAAACUGCAGCAUGUGAAUCUCAGUAGAAACCAAAUGCAUUUGUCUGACUGUUGUUCAAAUUAUUUCACAGGAUUGCCAAACAUUCAUAGUCUUAACCUGAGCUUUAAUACAGUAAUAUAUCUGAGCAGAAAUCCAUUCUCUGGACUUGAGUCCAUGAAGAUUUUGGAUAUUCAGGGGACAAAAUUAAGGGGAUUACGUACACAAUUUAAGUUUUUUAAAAGUCUCAAGUAUUUACAGUAUCUGGACAUUUCAUACUCACAAAGUACAUUUUUGAAGACUAUGACUUUUAGUUAUCUAAGUAAUAUAAAAGUACUUAAUAUAGCGGGGAACGUUUUCCAAGAAGAUGCACUAAGUUAUAUAUUUAAAAAUGUCAGCACUUUGGAAGUUCUUCAAAUGUCAAAUUGUGGCAUUCAGUACAUAGACUGGAGAGAUUUCCAAAGUCUUUCAAGACUACGACAUUUGUUUCUUAGUCAAAACAAGUUGACGGUUUUGGAUUUUGUAACCCAUUCAAAUCUAAGAAGUUUAACAUUAUUAGAUGUAAGAACAAACAGUAUUUUGAACAUCCCACCUUAUAUCCUACAAAACCUACCAAGAAAUCUCUCAGACAUUGACCUGUCCUUUAAUCCAAUUGAAUGUUCCUGUUCACAGAUAGAUUUUAUUAUAUGGAUUGUGAACCAUCAGCAAUUACUUCAACAAUCGUCUAACAUUUUAUGCAAAAUAUUGUCACAAGACUCAAAAAUUAGAGUUAUUGACUUUGACAUUGAAGGCUGUGUACACAUCAGAAGACUAACAAUUGUGUUAUGCGUAUGUGCUGUCACUUUUGUUGUUUUCGUAUCAGUUCUGACCUACAAAUUUCAGUUCUAUCUGCGAUAUGGCUAUAUCCUGUUAAGAGGUUAUAGGGCUUCCAGAGAGCAGGAAUGUUCUUAUGAUGCCUUUGUUAUCUACUCCAGCAAAGAUGAACCAUGGGUAAUGAAUGAACUGGUGGAAAAUCUGGAAAAUGGGAGUCCGCCCAUUCAGCUUUGUCUUCAUGUGCGGGACUUUGAGGCUGGCAAGGCCAUUACCUCCAACAUUAUAGAUGAAGGCAUCAUGGGUAGUCGUAAAAUUAUUGUGGUUGUAUCUAAACACUUCGUUGAGAGUUCCUGGUGUCGCUUUGAAUUUGAAGUGGCACAGUCUUGGCUAGUGAUGCAAGGUAAUGCUAACAUCAUCAUCAUCAUUCUAGAAGAUGUGGAAGAGGAGAAGUCAAAGAAGGUGUUUGGGCUUCAUAAGCACCUGAAAAACAAUACAUAUCUAAAGUGGGGUGGAAACCCAAUAAAUAACAUGAGAUUCUGGAUUCGCCUGAGGAAAGCUGUGAUCACAAGAAACUGA